CCUUAUAAACCUCUCUACAAACGAACACAAUACAAAUAGCUUUCUCUCUCUAUAAAUAUAUCUUCUUCGCAAAUCACACAAAUCUGCACAAAACCGAACACUCUCUCUUAUAUAAACCAAACAUUACAAAUCUCAAUUCCUCCAUUACCUAUAAAAGAUUCAUCUUUUCAAACUCUUCGCGCUCUAUUUUUCACAGACUAAAACCCUAAUUUUUCUCCCCAAAAAUCAAGGUUGAUGGCUGAUCAAGUAUUGGAAGGGAGCCAACCUGUGGAUCUAAAGAAGCAUCCUUCUGGGAUUGUGCCUACUCUUCAAAAUAUUGUUUCAACAGUCAAUCUGGACACUAAGCUAGAUCUCAAAGCAAUUGCUCUCCAAGCUCGUAAUGCAGAGUACAAUCCCAAGCGUUUUGCUGCCGUCAUUAUGAGGAUCAGGGAACCAAAAACAACUGCUCUUAUUUUUGCUUCUGGCAAGAUGGUUUGUACUGGAGCCAAGAGUGAGAAUCAGUCUAAAUUGGCAGCAAGGAAGUAUGCCCGUAUCAUCCAAAAGCUUGGUUUCAAUGCCAAAUUUAAGGAUUUCAAGAUUCAGAACAUUGUUGGCUCUUGUGAUGUCAAGUUCCCCAUUCGGUUGGAGGGUCUUGCAUAUUCCCAUGGUUCUUUCUCUAGUUAUGAACCAGAGCUGUUUCCCGGACUAAUCUACCGGAUGAAGCAACCGAAGAUAGUCUUGCUUAUUUUUGUCUCUGGCAAAAUUGUUCUAACAGGCGCAAAGGUGAGAGAUGAGACCUAUGCAGCCUUUGAGAACAUAUACCCUGUGCUUACUGAGUUCAGGAAAAAUCAACAAUGAUUUUUUGUCGAAAGCAGGAGCAGUUUUCUCGUGGAAAAGCUUGAUGUCGAAUUGUAUAUUAACUAAGACAAAGGAGAUAUCUGUUGGAUUGAUAAAAUUAGAUUUUGUUCUCUUCUGGUUUUGAUAUAUUUGUUACUUGAAGGGUAUUUGUUUCUAUUGAAUUGAUAUCUUUGAAAAAAGAUGAUUCCGAAGAAGUUUUAAACCGUUUAAACAUUUGCUCCUGCA